GAUUCGCCCAGACCUAGUUUGAGAUGAGCGUUUUCCAAAACCCAUCGUCUGUCCUCCUCUAGUGGACAGAUCGCGUAUCAUCAGGUUUUCUGCUCUGUUCACUUCCCCCACUGCUCUCCUCUGGGCUGUGAUCCGGAGCCUGUCCCGGGCUGUACUGUAGGAAGUCUCUCCGUGACUUUUACACAGUAGUGUAGGUAACGUACACAGAAAGUCAGCCAUGCUCGCCGUGGUUUCCAUGUUGCCUGUAGGUUAAGUGUAAACGGAGACGCUGCGUGUAAAGUCCUGCUGUCAGAUAGAGUUAUCUUUCAGUUCUGACUCAUGAAUUUAAGGAGCAUGGCACACGACGUUAAAAGCGCUGUCCAAAGGGCGAAACAUAAAAUAUCAAGUCUGGAGAAUGAGCUGUAUUGUGCGAGGGAGAGCUGCUCGGAGAGUGAGGACGAACCAUGGAAGCACAAACAAGAACUGAAGGAUUCCCUUGUUGAUAUGUACAAAGCUAAUCCUAAAGUCAACGAGGAACUGAAACAAAGGCUGCCGUCCCCUGUAAAGCGGCAUUGUUCAGAGACCACACCACAACCUGGAUUCUCUAGUCGAGGCUCUAGCCCAGACAGCAGAUAUCAGAGUGCAUCGGAGAGGGACCCUCCGGAAAAAAGACUUGUUAAAGGGUUGAGCCCACCAACACCUAAAAAAGGUCCACUAGCUGGACAACUUCCACCUCCACCCCCUCCCCCACCAGCCCCAGUUAGGAGAAUGGAGGAGGGAAGGCUAUCCCCCCAAAGAGCCCUGACUCCACAUGGACUGGACAGACAGGAGCGUGACAGCAGUCCUGUGAGCAGAACUGACGGCUCUGUGGCUGUGGCUACCCCUGAGCCCCCUUCACCCAGAAGGGUCACAGAUGAAAACCAUGGGAAUUCCAGAUUUAGCAGUGAAACCAAAAGGCAAAUCCCAGUCCUCGACAAAGAGAAGAACAUUGCGUUCCUGUUGAAGGAGCUGGACUCCCUCAGAGAGCUCAAUAAGAAGCUACAGGACAAAUUGGCUCUGAAGGAGAAGGAACUGGAGACUAUGCGACUGAACAGCCAGCUUCAGGAAACCGAACUGGAGGCCCAGUCUUGUGAGAGAGCUGCAGCGCUGGUGGAGGAGAUUUAUAAAGCUCAGAGGGAGAGAGACCAGGCUGUGAUGGCCAGACUGCGGCUAGCUAAUGAGGAGAGAGACGAAGCUCUCCUCAGAGCCAAGAAGCUUCAAGAGGCAGCGUUGGAGCUGGAGAAUAUUAACCCAGAGGAAAAUGACAUGGACCUGGAGGAGCUGCUGAACAGGGUGAGCAGUGCAGACUCUGCCCUCAGUAUCGAGCGCAGCGGCACGGCCAUCAUCGAGCGCAUUCAGAGGGCCAGAGAGCGCCGCUCCAAGAUCACCUCAGAAGAGAUGAAAGCUGUCAUAGAAGAGAGGGACAAUGCCUUAACCAGGUGCAAGCGCCUGGAGCACGAGCUUCUUCAGUCCAGAGAGCCAAGCCAGACCAGCAGCUUCCGCCAGCUGACCACCCCAAACAACCAGGAACGCAAGAUCCAGGUGGAGUUGGAGGCUACCCAGAGAGAACGGGCUCUAGCUGUGGAGCUCAGUCGUAAACUGGAGGCGGAGCUACAGUCACUACGCAGGUACCACAGUGCACAACUGGGCCAGAGACAUGAGUUCAGUGGAAAGGAGCCAGACAGACCUCUCUCUCCUGCCUGUGAUAAAGACAGCCCUGCAGCUCAAACCCUGUUGAGCCAUCUACAGCAGGUUUCUUCAGAGCUUCAGAGCACGCAGACUCAGCUGCGUCUGGCCCAGGAGGCUGAGAGUGAGGCUGCUGCCAAAGUGCAGAAGCUGGAACGUUUGGUGGAAGUACUGAGGAAGAAGGUGGGCACAGGCAGUGUCCGUACUGUGAUCUGACUGGCCGGUGGGUGACCGGAGCAGACGGACACAUCUGGUGACCAGGCUGCUGCAUUUAACUCUGAGCAAACAACUGAAGCCCGGCCUGGGCAAACACAGGCUGGAAGUGCUGCUCGCUCUCUCACCCUCAACCCUACACUCAUUCCCAACCAGACUCCAUCGUAAAUGUUUAACCACUCGCUUCUCAUUGCUACAGUCACUGACUGAUAAUGCUACCACCCAUAUUACCCAAGGUGUUAAGUCUCUGUGUUUAAUGUAUUGGGCAGUGUAUUAAAUUAGAUGUGCACACAUAUGUAAAGGGUCUUGCACAAGGAUAACCCUUCCUUUUAAAGAACUCCACUUCAGAUGUGUCCUGCAUCAAUCUGGCCACUGAUGUCACAGUUAACGGUUUACAGGCUAUUUUCAGCAUUAUGUUUUAUUUUUUAGUAUUUCAAGAUUAAGUGAUCAUCAAAAAAUCUUGGAUUUGUAGGAUCUCUGGAAUAUGGAAUUUUUAGGUUUUUGGUAAAUCUUUGGUUUGUAAAUACACUUGUCCUCUUUUUUAUUUUUAUUUUUUUCUCUCUUAGUAAUUUCUGGAAAAUGCAGUUGGAACCGAGUAAAAAAUAUACAAUGUAAAAAUGUUUUUUCAUUUCAACCAAAAAAAAAAGUGUGCUUCUUGUGAUAAGACCGGUUUAAUUUAGCCUAUAUAUUUUGAAACAAGAGAUUCAAAGUAAAAUAAGUUUGAUUAUUUUAGAUUAACAAAUGCAAUAUUUUACACUUGCUUAAACCUCAAGAACACUUUACAUUAGUGUUCCACUUCUGAUAGUGUAGCAUGGGUGUAUAUUGUCAUUCUCACACCAGAAAAGAGAUUUCAGUUAAAAUAAUCAUGUAUUUACUGCCAUUUUAUUUGCAGUAAGGAGGUAUUUUUACUGAUGAUUUCUUAAGAGAAUUAAUUAAAAACACACAGUAUAUUGUUACUGUCCCACAAAAACCUUGUAUGCCCAUUUUUCCAUUUUAAUGUUUGGAUCUAAUCUAUUUUUUUAAAUGAAUGAAUCAAUAGAAAUACUCCAAAAUAAAGGUGGGCUACGUGCUAGAAUUAUUAUAUCAUGAUAUGUUUUAUAUUGUCAGGAUGAAAAACUGCUAUUCAAAUACUUUCGCAUACCUGUUUGUACAGGUAUUUUUAUUUCAAAUGUGCUGCACUUAAUCCAGUUUAACAGGACAAUAAACAAAGAAUAUCUCUUUUUGGUAAUGAA